AUGUUAUUCGUGACUGUCGAUAUACAUGUAUUUAAGGCAAAUUUCCUCUUGUUUGCUAUUCCUCCCCUGGCCAUUUCUUGCAUUCAGCAAAUCUUAGUAGCCACCGUUUCAUUUGGCAUAAAUGUAGGUAUUUGCAGCCACAAUAAGACUAAAGAUGGACACCAUUCCAGAUACUAUGGUUUAUGUAAGUUUUCAUUGGACCAAGCAAAGCUUGCUUUAGAUAGCCUUGAAGUGCCUGUUGGUUGUACCAUUGUGAAUGAAGGGAAUAAUGUUAUUGCCUCUGGAAGAAAUCGAACCACUGAGAGCCAAAAUGCUACAAGGCAUGUGGAGAUGGAAGCGAUAGAUGUCCUGCUGGACCAGUGGCGAAAAAAUGGACUUCGGAAAACUGGACUUUCAAAGGCUCAAGUUGCUGAUAAGUUUUCAAUCUGCACCCUUUACGUCACAUGCGAGCUGUGCAUAAUAUGUGCUGCAGCCUUAUUCAUUCUGGGAAUAAAACAAGUAUAUUAUGGUUGUGCGAAUGAUAAAUUUGGAGGAUGCAGAUCUAUAUUGUCACUGCAUUCUGGUAGCAUUCAGACUCCCACUGGUUUUAGAGACCACACUAGGAAGGGUUUCAAGUGCCAAGGAGGAAUAAUGGCAUCAGAGGCAAUCUCUCUUCUACGGACUUUCAAGGGACAAGUAUCUCCUUGA